CUCCUUUUCAUCUGAUCUAUUCUCUUUCUUUUCUCUCUAUUUCACUCUAUCAUUGCACCUCUCUAUAUUCUCUAUAAUCUUCUAUAAAUACAAAUUUCUUAGUCUGUACUCCGUACAGAUACUCCCAUACCUCCAAAGUCCUCAUCUGACCUCCCGCGUCGCAUACUCCCGUCAGCUUCGCCUCGGCUGAUUAAAUCGCUCCUCCUCAUUUCGCUCUCCAGUGUUACAAACCCCAGGUCUAGCCACCACCACUUCUCUUAAAUACAACUACUACACACAUCAUGUCUCGUCCAACUGGUCCCUCUAGCAUCGCCAUGGCUCUUGCUGGCAAGACCGCUUCUGUCGAUAUCCCCAAACCUCGCUCGGGCUUCACCGUUGCUCGCGACACCGCUCACUCUGCCAUGCUGCCUACUCCUCCCAACUCCAUCUCUCCUACCCUCCGGCCUCACGUCUCUUUUGGCCACAAGCAGUCCGCCAACCUUGUGGGUACUUCACCCUUGGCCACAUCCCACCCCGAAUCCGAUCUCGACCUGGGAGAUGCCGGAGACGACAGCACAGGCGCUAUUACGCCGGGCAUGUUGGCUAAACACCACUUGCCUGAGAUUAUGCUGCACCAGGGAGCCUUGGCGAUUCGUCAUGUCAUGGGUUACUUGACCACAUCCGUCCCGGGUUUCUCCAGGAUUCCUCCUGCGAAGGCCCGCAGACUGGUGGUGGCCGCGCUCGAGGGCCGCGGCUCUGAGCAAGAAGGCGGUUCGGAUGGUGAUGUCGUUUUUGAAAAGGUGGGAUGGGGUCGCUGGGAUGCACGACGACGAGGCGAGCCAUCCCGCCACAACCAACACCUCGAACCAUCGCCGCCCUCCAGUCUCCCCAACUCCUUCCACCAGCGUGGCGUCCAGAUUCCCUCCCGGAGAGAGAACUGGAGCCCCUACGGAACCAGUGCCGCUGGCGAUUCCGCUGUGUUCUCUUACUCGGAGACAGUGGACUUCGGUCGACACAGGGAUGACAGUAUGCUCGAAGACGAAGCGGACAAGAUGUCCCUCGAUGGAGACGAGCGUGAAUAUGCCUCCUCGUCUGAGGCUCCGGACGACGAGAUCCCAGACGGCGACUGGGGCGAGGAGGACGUGACGGAUGAAGAAGACUGGGCGCAAAUCGGCGCCGACGCUCUCCGUGCGCGCUCACUGAAUACCAGCGGUGGAUUCCUCGAUGCGAAGCAGCAGCCGCGUGGCGGCGGCCCUGCUCCCUCUGCCCUGGCCAAAUCCCUUCCCAACAACAUCCCUAUCCAACAACUUGGAUUCACCCUACCGGAGGGUGUCGUUGGCGAUCGCGAGGAGCGCGCUGCCGUGGAAGCACUUUUACGACUUGGCUCUAUGUAAAUUCGAUACGAUCUCAUAUUGGCGGGCGUUGGUUUUGUUUGAUCUGUUUUUAGGACGCUAGCAUAUAUAUAUUCAAGAGCAGGGAUCGACUGGAUCGACCGCUAGCACGGUUUGCAUUGGGAAUGGACGGAUGGCGUUUGGUUGGGUUUGGGAAACGGGAUACGAUGUGCCCUUGGGGUUUUCAGGGCUUAAACAGAUCAUUUGGCAUAAAGCCAGUUACUUUUGCAUUUUACCAGAUUUGGUAUAUCUCCUCUUUUGCACGUGCACAUGUGAAAAUGUCACCUCAUGACUGGAUAUAGGAUAUAGUUAUACAUAUAGCAUUUAAUACUCAUAAUCUACAUAUCACACACACUCAUCU